GCUGUUCUCAGAUCCGGACCUCACUCUUACCCAGUUCUCAGUCUCGACAGUACCUGAUUUUGUGUGCCCUGUGAUUUCGUUUAUUUUCGAAUUGAGUUUUCGAAAAAGUUUCGGGAAAGCAUCAAAAAAAGAUUAGUUUUUGGUUCGAGAGCAGUGUUCGUCGGUUUCCAGACUCAUUAAGCAUUCAGUUUGCGAGCAAUUCCGAGCGAAGCCAAAGCCAUGUUCCAACUGAAGCAGAUCAAGGUCAUCCUGUGCAACUUCCUGCGCCGCGUCCUCCGCGCCUCGGCCAUCAACUGCGAGUUCUUCUCCAUCUGGGAGUGCACCCCGUCGCCGCCCAAGCCCAAGCCCAGCUACCCCCGGAUGGCGGUGCAGUACGUCACGAACAAGUUCAGCUGCUCGGAGGAGCUCUUCCCGUUCAUGUUCUACUUCGUGCUGGUGAUCAGCAUGUUUGGAUUCCUCCACAACUGCAUCGAGUUCCUGCGCGUGCUCCGCGAGAAGAAUGGCGUGCACCUGCUGAGGAUGUGGCGCCCGAGGCGCUUUGUGUUCUUCAACGAGGAGCAGCUGCGACGCUUCCGCAUCCUGGGCCACCUCUUGAUGCUCCUGGUCUGGCUGAUGCUGCUCUACGCCGUGGUUCGGGUCAAGCCCCAGCUGUUCACGCCCUGGCUGACCAUCUCGAGCAUCUCCAUGGCCAUCGACGGAUUCUUCGUGGUCGGCGAGGCUAUCUACCAGCGCCGGAUGAUUACACUGAGGACCUUCCUCCUCGUUGUUUGUCCGGUUCUUAAUAUGCACUGCGCGGCCUGCGUGAAGAAGAAGUUCGUGGGUGCGUACGCGGCCAGCGGCGAGCCGAGCCUCACCUGGUGGUGAUGCCUCUGGAGGUGCGGGUCCCUUCACUCAAGAUCUCUCACGGGCCACUAAAUCCUACACUUCAUAUCGUCCAAGCUUCCUACUCUGUUACCAUAAAGACAACAUGCCAAGUUGUAA